CUUCUUCCCUUUUCCAUUUCCCUCCCACACACGGACGUAGAAUCCCGAAUUCUCUAGGGUUUGCUCUCCCCGCACCACCACAUUCCCGUCUCAUCCCUCCCGAAUGGCGGAGACGUUGGCCUCCACGCGCCGCCCGAAGCGUGGCCGCCCGCCGCGGCCGAGGGAGAGCGACUUCGUGACCGGCGAAGAGUUUGAGGACGAGGAGGAGGGGGAGGACCACGCAGAGGCGGCCGAUGGGCUCGCGCCACCCCGGUCUAAGCGCAAGCGCGAGGCGUCCGCCGCUGCCGCCGCCGCGCUCGAGGAUUUGACCCUCAUCGACAUAGUCAAACAUAAUGGCAGGCUAAUCAGCCAUGCUGCCAAAAGAUUGGUCGAGGAUUAUGAAUCAAACCCAAAGUCAGUGCUAUUUCAGAUAUUAACAAUGUUAUUUGAGGCCUGUGGCGCCAGACAUGAUAUAUAUGCAAGCGACCUUCAUGAGGCAGCUGUGGAUGACAUUGUAUUCAAACUAGCUGAACUAGCAAGAAAAGGUCUGGUGGAUGAUAAUUAUAGCUCAAAAAGGAAGGACCUGAAGAACUUCAAAGAAAAUCUCGUUACUUUUUGGGAUAGUUUGGUCCUUGAGUGUCAGAAUGGUCCGUUAUUUGAUGAUAACUUAUUCACGACAAUCAAGGAUUACGUGGUUGCUAUAUCAUGUACUCCCCCAAGGGUUUAUCGUCAAGUAGCUUCAUUGGUCGGGCUCCAGCUUGUGACAUCCUUCAUAUCUGUCGCUAAGACUCUCAGUGGACAGCGUGAGACCACCCAAAGGCAGUUGAAUGCAGAGAAGAAGAAGAAGAGUGAUGGACCAGCUGUUGAAUCUCUCAACAAAAGGCUAUCUAUUACUCAUGAAAAUAUUACAUAUUUGGAGGAAUCAAUGCGUAAAAUAUUCAGCGGGUUAUUCAUGCACCGUUAUCGGGAUGUUGACCCUGAGAUCCGAAUGUUAUGCAUAAAAUCCCUAGGUAUUUGGGUUGUCUCAUAUCCAUCACUGUUCUUACAAGAUAUAUAUUUAAAGUAUCUUGGGUGGACACUGAAUGACAAGAAUGCUGGAGUUAGAAGAACUUCUAUUCUUGCCUUGCAAAGCCUGUAUGAUGUAGAUGACAACAUACCUUCUCUUGGUCUCUUUACGGAGAGGUUUUAUAGCAGGAUGAUCCAACUUGCUGAUGAUAUUGAUAUUUCAGUAGCUGUGCCAGCUAUAGGACUCAUCAAGCAAUUACUUCGGCAUCAACUUUUGAGCGAUGAUGAUUUGGGUCCCCUAUACGAUUUGCUUAUUGAUGAACCUCCUAUGAUCAGGCGUGCAAUAGGGGAGUUAGUUUAUGAUCACCUGAUAGCACAAAACUGCAAGACCCCUUCUGUAGCUAGAGAUGGGGACAAUGAAUCCUCCGAGAUUCACAUCAGUCGAAUGCUGCAUAUCUUAAGGGAAUUUUCGGAUGACCCAGUCCUGAGUUCUUACGUCAUUGAUGAUAUUUGGGAUGACAUGAAGGCCAUGAAAGACUGGAAGUGUAUAAUCUCCAUGCUUCUGGAUGAAACCCCGAUAGCUGAGCUUACUGACAUGGAUGGAACAAAUCUAGUUCGGAUGCUGCGAGCCUCUGCUAAGAAGGCUGUCGGGGAAAGAAUAGUUCCUGCAACUGACAUUAGGAAGAUGUACUAUAACAAAUCCCAAAAGGAGAUAUUAGAAAAUAGCAAGAGUGACAUAACCAAUGCCUUGAUGAAGAGGUACCCGCAGCUUUUGAGAAAAUACUUGCCUGACAAGGCCAAGAUAUCCCCUCUAAUUGAUAUGAUGAUGCUUUUGAAACUUGAGAUGUACUCACUGAAAAGGCAAGAGCAGAAUUUCAAGGCCGCCAUAGAUCUAAUUGUUGAUGCCUUCUUCAAACAUGGUGACAAGGAUACCUUAAGAUCUUGCAUCAAGGUAAUAGCUUCCUGUUGCAUGAAGUGUCAGGCGGAUCUUCUAGAUUAUGCUGAAAAUAAACUUAAGACUCUUGAAGAUGAGUUGGUUUUGAAAGUCAAAACUGCGAUCAAGGAAGUAGAGGCAGGUGAUGAUGAAUACUCUCUCUUGGUUAAUUUGAAGCGACUUCAUGAACUUCAGUUGUCAAAACCUGUCAAAAAUGAUGGUUUAUUUGAAGACAUGUACCGAAUCCUCAGUCAUCUAAGAGAGAUGGAUAAUGAGGUAAAGAGCUUUCUCCUCAUCAACAUGUUCCUUGAAGUAGCAUGGUGCCUUCAUGCAAUUGACGUUGAAAACCCAUCUGAAACAUCUAUCGAUGGACUUCAAUCCAAGCAAAAAGCUCUCUUUGAACAGCUCUAUUAUUUCUUGGUGGUUCUGUCCAAUUAUCAGAAAGAGGGAAGGAGCACCACUGUGCUUUCCUGCAGAGUCUGCAUCAUUACUGCAGAGAUGUGGUGCUUGUUUAAGAAGUCGAAGUAUUCUUCAACAAAGCUAAAAAAUUUGGGUUAUCUCCCACAAUUAGAUGUUGUUCAGAAGUUUUGGAAACUAUGUGAACAGCAGCUGAACAUAUCAGAUGACACAGAAGAUGAAGAUGCAAAUGAAGAAUAUAUUGAAGACACAAACAGGGAUGCUGUCAUGAUUGCAGCUGCAAAGCUACUUCUUGCUGAUACAGUUUCAAAGGAUUACCUUGGCCCUGAGAUUGUUUCACACUAUGUAUCUCAUGGUGCAAGUACGACAGAGAUCAUCAAGCAUCUCAUUACCGCACUAAAGAAAAAUGCAAACAGCGAUAUAGCUGCUCUCUUCUUUGAGGCAUUGAGACGGGCGUAUGAACGGUAUAUGACCUAUCUGCGCGAUGGAGAGAACCAAAACCUGAUAGCCAAAUCUUACUCGGAGUGUCAAGAUCUUGCUAAUCGGCUUGCCGGCUACUAUGUUGGCACAGUUCGUAUUAAAAACAAGUCUGAGAUCUUAAAGAUUAUCCAGUGCGGUGUUCAAUUUGCCUUCGUGGACCUCCCAAAGCAGUUGUCUUUCCUUGAGGCUGCUCUUAUGCCAUUUGUUUCUAAACUUCCCUCGUCAGAUAUACCAGACAUUCUGACAGAUGUACAGAAGAGGGCACAAGAUACCAAUAUGAAUGAAGAUCCAAGUGUUUGGCGUGCAUACUUAACCUUUGUAGAACACUUACGUGAGAAGCAUGCAAGGAAUGAGGUUUUCCACGAAGAAAAGGAGGAAAAGCCUGUAAAGCGCAGGGGCCGCCCGAGGAAGCCUAGAGAUGAACCUGUGAGGAACCUUUUUGAUGGAAACAAAUCUAGUGAUGAAGAGUCUGUUAGUGGCUCUGACCAACGGGGGCAUGGUGGAGAUGAUGACGACGAGGACGAUGCUUUUGACCAGCCUUUGAUCAACACGUUUAGGCCUUCUGCAUCCAAGCUAAGAUCGCUGAAGGGGGUUUCUCAACAGGGAACAAGCAGCCAGAGAAAUGCUCCUACGGCUUCAGGAAGCAAUAGUUGAUGAGGUAUGCACUAAGUCAGUCCUGUGGAUCACGCAUGACGCAUUAAGGCUCUAGUCGAUUCAGCGGACGAGGAGUUGCCGUGGUCAACUCGUCACUCAUGCGGAACAACGAACGACUUUCGCCUGCUGUUGAAUGUUUUUGUUUAAUUGUCUAGGUGUCAUAGAUGGUUGUACUUAGGUGCUCACCCCCUUCUACCAUGUGCUUCCCCACUGUAUAUGGUUGUAACAUUUGCAAGGGCUGAAGUUUCAUUUCCUUGGCGUGGGUCAUUUCAUACAUAUGUACUCCGGAAGUGCCUUGAGCUAUUUGCUGGUAAUGAAUGAGUUUAAUCAAAUUCCUAAA